GGCUUUAAGUUCAGAGACAGAAAGGUGCGUGGCCUUAUCCCCUCGCCGCCUCCUCCUCCUCUUCUUCUUCUUUCAUUUCCUCCCUCCAAAUGGCUUCAACCAUAGGUAUCUCUUCUUCCAUCUCCAUAUACAAAACCCCCUCUUUUCAACUCUUCAAAAGACCAGCCGCCACAACCACCUCCGUUUUCUUCAACACCCUUCCCCGUAACCGUGACGCCACACUCUCUUCCGUUCCUUCCGCCAUUGCCACCCCAUCCAUUCUCACCGAACAACCCUUAAAGGGCUUAACUUUGGACGACCUUAGUAAUAGCGACCAAUUUGGCUAUGACUUCGAACCCGACACCAACGUUAGCGACCACGAACUCGACAUUUCCAAGUUGGGUUUACCUUCGCCCCUCGUCCACUCCCUCCAAAAACGUGGGAUCAUCAGCCUUUUCCCCAUUCAGAGAGCUGUGUUGGUGCCUGCACUAGAAGGUAAAGAUAUCAUUGCUCGUGCAAAGACAGGGACUGGCAAGACUUUAGCAUUCGGAAUUCCAAUUCUUAAAGGUCUCACUAAUGAUGAUGAACAAAGUCCUCACAGGCGGUCUGGGAGGCUUCCUAAAGCGUUGGUCCUUGCACCUACUAGGGAGUUAGCAAAGCAAGUUGAGAAAGAGAUACAAGAAUCUGCACCUUACCUCAAAACAGUUUGUGUUUAUGGUGGUGUUUCUUAUGUAACACAGCAGAGUGCCCUUUCACGGGGUGUUGAUGUGGUGGUUGGGACGCCGGGUAGAAUAAUUGACCUGGUGAAUGGAAACAGCCUUAAACUGAGUGAGGUUCAGUAUUUGGUGCUCGAUGAAGCUGAUCAGAUGCUUGCUGUUGGGUUUGAGGAGGAUGUGGAGGUCAUUUUAGAUAAGGUCCCGACUCAGCGCCAGACCAUGCUUUUUUCUGCGACCAUGCCUGGUUGGGUUAAGAAACUGUCCAGAAAGUAUUUGAAUAACCCUUUGACGAUUGAUUUGGUUGGUGAACAAGAAGAGAAGCUUGCUGAAGGGAUCAAACUUUAUGCAUUAUUAGCCACUGCCACUUCAAAACGGACAGUUCUUUCUGAUCUUAUAACUGUUUAUGCAAAGGGUGGGAAGACUAUUGUUUUUACUCAGACAAAAAAGGAUGCUGAUGAAGUAUCAAUGGCAUUAACAAGUAGUAUAGCUUCCGAAGCACUGCAUGGUGAUAUAUCUCAGCAUCAGAGAGAGAGAACAUUGAAUGGUUUUCGGCAAGGGAAGUUCACAGUGCUUGUUGCCACUGAUGUUGCAGCUCGUGGACUUGAUAUUCCCAAUGUUGAUUUGGUUAUACAUUAUGAACUUCCCAAUGAUGCUGAGACUUUUGUACAUCGUUCUGGCCGUACUGGGCGUGCAGGAAAAGAGGGUACAGCCAUUCUGAUGUACACCAGUAGCCAGAGGAGAACAGUUAGAUCCCUUGAGCGUGAUGUAGGGAGCAAAUUUGAAUUUGUUAGUCCACCAGCUAUGGAAGAGAUUUUGGAGUCAUCUGCUGAGCAAGUUGUUGCUACACUAAAUAGAGUUCAUCCUGAGUCUGUUGAAUUUUUCACUGCAACUGCACAAAAACUGGUUGAAGAACAAGGAGCAAGGGCCCUUGCAGCUGCUCUAGCACAGAUGAGUGGAUUCUCUCAACCUCCAUCAUGCCGGUCUCUUAUCAAUCAUGAACAGGGAUGGACUACAUUGCAACUGACUCGAGAUUCAGAUACUUCUGGAAGAUAUUUUUCUGCAAGAUCUGUCACUGGGUUUCUUUCAGAUGUUUAUUCUCAAGCUGCUGAUGAAGUUGGAAAAAUACAUUUAAUUGCAGAUGAGAGGGUUCAAGGAGCUGUUUUUGAUCUUCCAGAGGAAAUAGCUAAAGAGUUGCUCAAUAAAGAUAUGCCAUCUGGAAAUACUAUCUCCAAAAUCACCAAGUUACCUCCUUUGCAAGACAAUGAACCUGCAAGUGAUUUCUAUGGGAAGUUUUCCGACAGAGAUAGAAGUAACCGUAGAGGUUCUAGGGAUCAGAGAGGUUUUAGAAGUUCACGAGGAUGGGAAGGAGGCCAGGACUCUAAUGAUGAGUUUGGACGAGGUGGUAGAAGUUUCAGAUCUGGCAACAACAGGUCUCGAACGGGAAAAAGCAGCGGCAAUGAUUGGCUAAUUGGAGGCAGUAGUAGAUCAAGCAGGUUUUCAUCAUCCAACAGAGAUGGGGGCCAUGGAGGGGCCUGUUUUAAUUGUGGAAAACCUGGCCAUCGGGCAUCAGAUUGUAUCACCCAAAAACGAGUCUUUUUCUAGUUUGGACAUUUUUCGCUUUGACACCACCUAGUCCAAGAAUUGAGCUCCCACUGGUGAUGCCCUAAUGAGUUCAAGAAAUUGAAAGAUGCUAUGCUACCCCGAAAGAAUUACAGAAUGUGCACUACGUUACAUAUCUCUUGUUUUUUUUAGUAUUCUAUAGAGGUCUCCCCUUUCUGUCUUUAGGGUUUUGUUUUUCUUUAGGCGUGUUGUAAUUUUUUUAUUUAUCUUUUGCAUUACGGCAUCAUGAUAGUAGUAUUUCUUUUUGGCAAGAACAGUAUCUGUACGAUGCUGUUUUGUCAGCUUAACAAUCAUGUUUCUUUACCCGUUUUAUAGAAGUGGCAAUAGACGAAUAGCCUUAUAUGCAGAAUACGCUUCCAUCUGCUCAUGAUAUUACAACAAUACAAAUUAGUCCUUCGCCACAA